AACAUUUUUAUAUAGGAAUUAUAACUGUUAUCUUCUCUUCAUUUCAUUUCAAUUCAAUUUUUUCGGUCAAUUAAUCUUGAAAAGUAGAAAAAAUGAGUUCCGGUGAGCUUCUCAACGUUGAGCCUUUGGAAAUGAAGUUCCCAUUUGAGUUGAAGAAACAGAUCUCUUGCUCUCUACAAGUAUCAAAUAAGACCGAAAACUAUGUUGCUUUCAAGGUUAAGACGACAAAUCCCAAGAAGUAUUGUGUUCGGCCAAACACUGGGAUUGUUUUGCCUCGUUCAACCUGUGAUAUUGUUGUCACAAUGCAAGCGCAGAAGGAGGCUCCUGUAGAUAUGCAAUGCAAAGACAAGUUUUUACUUCAGAGUGUAGUUGCAAGUCCUGGUGCAACUGCAAAAGACAUCACUGCAGAAAUGUUUAAUAAGGAGCAAGGACAAGUUGAAGAGUGCAAGUUGAAAGUGGUUUAUGUUGCACCACCUCAGCCACCAUCUCCAGUUGCAGAGGGAUCAGAAGAGGGUUUCUCACCAAGGACCAUUGGAAUGGAGAAUGGCACUGAGGUUUCAAGGAUGUUUGUUGAUAGUCAUGACAAAUUACCAGAGGCAAGAUCUAUUGUUUCAAAGUUGACAGAGGAAAAAGCUGCUGCAAUUCAACGCGGCAACAAACUUCGCCAAGAAUUGGAACUGUUGAAGCGUGAAAGCAAUAGAAGUGGAGGAGUAUCAAUCACCUUCGUCAUCAUCAUUGGCUUGCUGGGUAUAGUUUUGGGGUACCUCAUGAAGAGGACAUAAUUGUUUAUGCAACACUUCCAUUUUCACAUCUCUCUCUAUACCUAUGCAAAAUCUUUAGGUCAUACUUAUGUCUUAGCUAGCUUUGUAGUAGCUAAUGUUUCCUAUUGAGGUAUAUUAUACAUCUUGUUCAGCAUGAGCAUUAUUAUGUUUCUUUAUUAACAUUCUUUUGUAACUAAGAUUAAAUAUUUUGUAUGUGUUAUAUACAUAUAUAACAUCUUUUUAUAGUAAA